GCUGGGCCCUUGCGCGGCAGGAUCGCAAUGGCGAAGCUAUUGAUUUUUUCCAAGAAUCACUCCAAGUCAAAGAGAAGAUUUAUGAAUCGACUCACCGGAGCGUUGCAGCUUCUCUCACGAAUCUUUCCUCACUUCUCCAUGACGAAAGCAGGGGAGAAGAGGCCGAAGCAGCAGCAAGAAGAGCUGUGGAAAUAUUCACUGAAAGUAUCGGUCUUCAGCACCAGCACACCGCCCAUGCCCUUCACAAUCACGCCAAAGCGCUGUCACUUCUCGCAAGACACGAAGAGGCCACAAAUGUAGCGAGACAAGUCAUCUCAAUUCGCCGAGAAGUCCUUCCACCCAAUCACCCCGAGCUGGCCUAUGGCAUUUCACUUCUCGCUGAGAUCAUGGAAGACCUGAAUACCGAUCUGGAAGAGGCUGAGCGACUUCAUCGUGAGUCCCUAGAAAUUCGCAAAGGCGCGUGGGAUACCGAACACAUCAGUAUCGCUUCGGGCUAUGAGAAGCUGGGGCUGUUUCUUAGCCGCCAAGGGCGAUUCGAAGAGUCAGAGCCGCUGAUUCAGGAAUCACUUCGAAUUAAUCGCCUCAACUAUGAUCCAGACAGCUUAUCCGUGGCCGUCUCGGAAAGCUUCGUAGCGGGUCACAUGUGCCGCAAGCCUGACACCCUAGAUGCUGGAGUAAAGCUGGCGCGCACAAGCCUCCGAAAACUUGCGAAAAUACUACCUGACAGUCACUAUCGCAUCGGCGAGGUCAACUUGGUCAUAGGGCAUUGUUUGCUUGAACAGGAGGAGCUCAAGGCAGCAGAGCCAUUUCUAGUAAAGGCCGUGGACACACUGCGAGAUGUCCACGGUGAAGAAGGAAACAGAACUCUUGCGGCGAAGGCAAUGCUGAAAAGACUCAACGAAAUGCGUGAAGGCUCAAAAGGAGAUGACGCUCCUUCCUAG